AUGCGCCGUGUUGUAAUAACAGGCCUGGGUGCCAUCACCCCUCUCGGCGCCGGUAUCCAGUCAACCUGGCGGCGUUUGCUGGCUUCCGAGUCGGGACUCGUCAGUCUCGCCCACCGUUCCCUUCAAGACCUAAAAUGGAACGGGCUUCCAAGCACAGUGGCCGGCAUUGUCCCAGUGCCGCCUGCUGACGGAAGCCACAGCAGGUUCAAGACAGAUGAACUAUGGCGGGCAGAUGAUUACUUCAAGGCUUCGGAGCAGAGGCGAAUGUCGACUUUUGCGCAGUAUGCUGUUGCUGCGACAGACAUGGCCCUCAAAGACGCGGGGUGGAAGCCAACAAGACAGGAAGAGCUUGAUGCCACUGGUGUUUGUCUGGGAAGUGGGAUAGGAAACCUGCACGAUAUGUAUGAGACGAGUGUUGACUUUGAGAGAGAUGGCUACAAAAAGGUGUUGCCAUGGUUCGUCCCCAAGAUUUUGAUCAAUCUAGCAGCCGGUCAUAUCGCCAUGCAGUAUGGAUUUCGCGGACCAAAUCAUGCAGCCACCACAGCAUGCACCACGGGCGCACAUUCCAUUGGAGAUGCAUCCAGAUUCAUCGCCUUUGGUGACGCUGAUGUCAUGGUUGCUGGUGGUGCCGAAUCAUGUAUCCACCCACUGACCUUUGCCGGCUUCGGGAGGUCGAAAUCACUGUCUCGGGCAUUUAACGACAAUCCUAGAGCAAGUUCUCGGCCGUUUGAUGUGGAGCGUGACGGCUUCGUGGUGGGUGAGGGGGCAGCUGUUCUUGUGCUUGAAGAACUCGAGCAUGCCAAAGCCAGAGGGGCCAACGUUCUGGCUGAGAUUAGGGGAUAUGGAUGCAGCGGAGAUGCUCACCAUGUGACAGCGCCGAGGGGAGACGGAUCAGGAGCUCUGGCAGCUAUGAAGAGGGCUCUGAAAAAUGCUGGACUGAAGCCAGAGGAGGUGGACUACAUCAAUGCUCACGCCACCGGAACACCAACUGGCGAUGUCGCCGAGGCUGCCGCCAUCCGGUCCUUGAUGAUGGGUGAGCAAGGUAUGGAGAACGAGAGUCAAGUUACUGUGAGCAGCACCAAGGGGGCGAUUGGACAUUUGCUUGGAGCGGCUGGCUCGAUCGAAGCUGUCUUUUCCAUUCUUGCCAUUCGAGACAACGUCGUCCCGCCCACACUGAACCUGAAGAGACCAGAUGUUGGACCACAGUUCAACUUUGUGCCCCACGAAGCGCAGCAGAAGAAGGUCAAGGUGGCCGUGUCAAACAGCUUCGGCUUCGGAGGAACCAAUGCCUCGCUGGUAUUCUCCCAGCUGGACUAA